AUGCGACUCCGCUGGCUUGUUUCUACCCAACUGGCCAUAGGCUCCAUAGUAGCCAACUCUCUCCCGGAAAUCCCCAAUGAGGCUCGCUCGAUUUUUCCCACCCCUUCUCCACGCCCUCGACGCUUUGCGCUGAGUCAGGGCAUAUGCCCGAAAUGUCUCCGCCCAUGCCCUGAGUCCCGUGAAGAGUUCACAUUUAACCAAGUUUUCGAUGCUUUAACCCUACCAGAUGGAUUUGUUGUCGAUGCUGCCGAAACAUUUGGACAGGGGUUUGGCGACUUGGUGGCCGGCAAGACCUUCCGUGCUGUUUUAGAAAUUUCCAUCAUAGGUGUUUAUGCGAUUAUCAAGUAA